AUGGCCAUCGACUGCUAUGGUUGGUUGCCUAAGACGCAACAUAUCCCCAAAGAUGGGAAGCGUGAGAUGAGCAUGGAGGAAUUCAAGCAGUGGUUGAAGCGGUUCGACGCCGAUGGAGAUGGUCGUAUAAGCAAAGAGGAGCUCCGUCAAGCCCUACGUAGUGUUGGUGUGCGGUUUAAAAGGUGGAAAGCCAGACGUGCCCUACGCUCUGCUGAUGCUGAUGCUGAUGCUAAUGGCUUCAUUGACGAUGACGAGAUCCAAAACCUCGUUACCUUUGCAGAAAAGCACUUGGGUGUGAAGAUAACACCUUACUAG